UACACUCCCUCAACCUUUCGCACCAUUGACAUAUCUCAAAGAGAGUCCCUGUGGAUUGUUUCUCGCGCUCCCUCUCUUCCCCUUUAUUACUAUUAUUAUCUUUCUUCUUUCUUUCUUUCUCUACUAUUUCUUUUUUCCCAAACAAUCCUCUUGGUUCUGUUUGUCCAAGGCCUUCAUUCUCUCGACUCAAUAGCCUUGUUGCUUUUCUUUUUAUAGUCCGGUCUGAUCGCCGGUUUCACCCCUCCUUGCAGCUUGUGCUCUCUCUCUAUCUCUCUCUUCCACUUUGGACGCUUCCAAUUCCAUUUCCAUUUCAGAAGAAACAAUCCCAACAAAUCCAAGUGAACAUGGACACUGAUUGUACCCUGUCGAAAAGGUCAUUUGCGCAGGUAGCAAGUGCGACAUUUUCCUGUCUUCAUCGAUCCGGAUGCAAUAAUCGUUGCGCCUCGAUCUUUGCCUCUGCUUUUCUCGAUAGCUGUGAUCCUGAAAGGGUAUCCCCUUUCAAACGCAGGUCAACCUCGAGGUCUCGGACCAUCAUGCCCGUUCAAACAACCAACCCGCCGUCCCCCCCGGACUCGUUCCCGUCCUUUAUGUCUGUGUUUGGUGGAUUAUCGCCCCAAUUUCCUGACAAGGAGGACGACAGCGCUGCUUUCAAACCGCUUAGAGUUCCGACUCAUGUGUCCGUCAACACUUCCCGCCGUGCCCUUCCUUACCAUCACCGCGAGAGUGUGUCGUCCAUGACAUCCGGUUCGACUGAUUCAUCACCUACCACUACCAUUUCUACCUUUGACUCGCAUUCGGGUACCGACACCUCCCCUAGCUCUUCUCCCGAAUCUCCUUCGUCGAUGCCGCUAUCAUAUACCAAAUUCACACCCCCUGCCCGCAACAUCGAAAGCCAGUCGAACUCAGCGGCUGCGCAGAACAACCAGAACAACCUCACCAAAAUCUCAGAUACCCCGAACCCAAUGCGUCCUGACUCCCCUGGCAGACGGGCACGGAACCUCAAGAACCUCUCCUUGAGGAUGCCCCCGCCAUCCCAGUCUCGACCUCCCAUUGCCACCGCUUCCAUGGUUGAAACUUCUUCCCAUCACCUCUCCGCCCCGCCUUCUCCAGUCAUGCCCCCGAAGAGCUCGCGACGGAAACCCGCGAACCUCACCAUUCGGACUCCUAGCUUCGGAUCCUUCUCCAACAAUGUCACCGAGAUUGUUCCUCCCACUCCCCACGCCCUUCGCCACACUGAAUCCUCCCCUUCCUUGAACUCUGUCUUUUCCCCAUCCUUUGGUCCCAAAGGUGGCAUGCAACUCCCGCGACCAGUGACGCAUCAUGGAGCUCGCCGUUCUUCAGCUGUCGGUGACAACCUUUCAUCUUUACAAACGGGCGCCGGCGACGGUACAGUCUUGCAUGAACUUCAGGAAGAAGAUGACCACUUGGACUCGAGAGAGUCUACUCGCCGAAAGGACCGCGGAUAUCCUAACGGACCCAUCCAGAUCUAUGAUUCUGGGGUCUACCUCUACCUGGAGCCGACCGCCGAGGAGGCUUCUCAAUUCGAUGUGGUCAUCAACGUGGCAAAAGAAGUCGCCAACCCAUUCACAAACACAGAUGCCAAAAAUGAAACCGUCAUGAGCACCUGGCGUAACGCAUCGGCACACUCGAAGCGCCCAUCAAACGGCGAGCCUCUUACCGCCAAGUCGGACGCAUCGUUCAAGUCUGCCUUUGAAUACCCCCAAAGCGGCGAGGAGACCCCAACCAUUGCCCAGAGCAAUCAGUCCCCUCCGGAAUAUCUGCAUGUUAGCUGGGACCACAACUCCGAGAUCCUCGAUGACCUGUACCCUCUGUGUGAACUCAUCGACUCUCGGGUAAACCAGGGAAAGAAAGUUCUUAUCCACUGCCAGCUGGGUGCUAGCCGAUCGGCCUCGUUGGUAAUUGCCUAUGGUCUUUACAAGAACCGUCAUCUGGACUUUAACUCAAUGUACGAAAUUGUCAAAGAGCGAAGCCAAUGGGUUGGACCUAACAUGAGCCUCAUCUACCAACUGACGGAUUUCCGUUCCCGAUUAUUACGGGGUAGCCCAUCGAAGCCUGCCCCACAAGAGUGGUUUGUGCGAGGACCGAGGAGAAGCUCCGAACCCCAGCCCCCGCAAGCGGGGAGACUCGAACGGGUGGUAAUGCCUUCUCCGGACCGCGAGGCGGACAGCGCUGAUGCUGGUCGGCUUUCUUCCAACGCUUUCUCGCAAAGUUCUCUCUCGGUUCCUUCCAGCAAUCUUACCACUCCCAGUUCCACCGACGGGUUUGGUUUUUCAAAAUCUCUCUCGCACAAACGAAGCCUGUCGCCACGACCUUUGCCUCUGCGACAACAAUCUUACCACUCGGUGUCGCCGGCUCCUAGGCGCAUAGUAUCCAAGCCUAGCUUACGGAGUUUGGGGAAUGGACCUUAUUCGUUAGCCAAAACAGACAUUUUCGUGCGAGAUGCGAUCGAAGAAUCGCCCGAUCUCUUCUCCCCCAGGACCACAGGGUUCAUGGCAGCGCCCAUUCCGCCUUCACUCGCGGAUAGUCUAUUAGGCGACGGCCCAAAGCGCCCUAGAUUUGGGACGCAAAUAGCAGAUCCCAGAUCGCCUCCUCAAGGGCACGAGCGCCUGAUUAUGAGAAACAUUGAUGAGUUCCUGUCUUGAUUAAGACGGUUGUCUAUUGGACGAUCCAUGGAACUAAAUCUUAGAAACGAUUGCAUGACUGACUUUUACCCCCAUCAAUUGGGACACUUUCGUUAUAAUCACUCUGGCGAUGACUACUCGUUUUUCUUUUCUUUUCCUUUCUUUUAUUUUCAACCUUUUAUUUCUGAUGAGUUCGAUGACCAAAGCGGGCUUUGCUGUCGUUUGUUUCGAUUCUUUUUUUUUAUUACACUAUCGCUUGCUCACUGGCAUCAUUUUCCUUUUUCUGAUUGACUGGAGAGAUUUGAUCAUCCGGCAUCAGCCUGUCAUUCGCAUGGGUUCUCUUAUAUGGCGUCCAGGGUGUCAAAAGAGAUAAAAGGCUACGAAGAAAUC